GCUCCUGGCGCAAGUAGACCAGUCCGUGUUUUUGCAAAGCCGCUCUCUAUCCAACCUCAGACUCAAAACCCUAAAAAAAAAAAAAAAACUAGCCUACCAAAAGCCAUUCAGUAGCAGAGAUUUUCACUGAGAAACCUCCAUCUCUGUGAUCUCCUCUAACGGGAGAGCUGAAGUUAUGGCGGGUUGCGCGGAGGAUUCGUGGAUUUUUGCUUGACAGGCACCAGAAUCUUCAGUUGGAUUAGUUAAUUGGUUUAUUUAUGGGGGAUUUGCAUUUACCUACUGAAAAAUGCCUUUUGCCAAACGGAUCGUUGAGCCCCAGCUGCUGUGCAGACAUCCCAUCCCUAAUGAUGAAGGGUUACUGUUCGAGGAUCUGUGCUCCAUCACCAAUGUGGCUCUAUCCCGGACCCUGCGGCAGCUCUCCGACUUGUCCAAGCACGCCUGCUCCUUAUUCCAGGAGCUUGAAAACGAAAUAGUCUCCACGAACCAACGGGUUUGGGCUUUGCAGAACAAAAUAGGCAAAAUCCAGCAAACCGCCAGUGCGCUGGAUCCAAAACUGGAGGCUGUGCCCGUAUCAAAUUUGGACAUUGAGAGUAAACUCACAUCACACUUCCAGGUUCCAUGGCAUCAACAACACAACCUGUUCCACACUUGUACACGGCCACCAUGUCUGGAAGAGUUACACCGACAUGCCAAGCUCAACCUGCGGGCACUGCACAGAGACCAGCAGCAGCGUCAGCGUUCAACCAGCAGAGAGCGUGGCCGGGUCACCAUAUCAAUAUCUGUGGCUCCGCCUAUGCCAACCUUCCCUUCAACUCACAAACUCAGAAGGCGGGAGCAGAGGGGCCGGCACUCACGCCUGGAGAGGAGCGUUAGAGAGAGUGAGGGGCAAAACAUCCAGAGGAAGGAGAGGCCAGCCAAAGAGGCUGAAUUCAAACCCGUCCUCAGAAAGCUGCAUUUCUUAUCAACACAGAAAAACGGGAAUUUGGCAAUAAAUGCUGGAACCAACACGGAAACAGAUGGUGAAUUGCCAGUGAUGAGCCAUAGGCCUAAAUGUCCUGUUCCCAAUAUACCUACCACCCUGGACAAAAAUAUCAACUGGUCCAAAGCCCUGCCUCUUCCCACUCCAGAAGAGAGUAUAAAAGAUGACUCUCAAGUGAUUUCAUCCUGCAUCAUUCCAAUAAAUGUUUCUGGUGUUGGAUUUGACAGAGAAGCUAGUGCUCGCUGCUCUCUUGUUCACUCACAGUCAGUUCUACAGAGACGCCGGAAACUCAGGAGGCGAAAAACGAUCACUGGCAUCCCCAAACGAGUUCAACAAGACUUGGAUUCUGACGAAUCACCUGUGGCUAGAGAGAGAACAGUGAUCAUUCAUGCCAACCCACACAAGUCAUUGUGGCAUGAGGAGCUCUCUUUGAGUGGACGAGUAUUGCACACCAAGGACUCUGGCUGUCAGACAGAUGACUUCUUGAUUGCUGCUCCAUCCCGGAGGCGUAUUCGUGCCCAGAGGGGUCAGGGAAUUCCAGCCUCUCUCUCACACUCCACUGGAAACAUCACCUCCCUGCCGGAUCGCUCUGAUACUGUGUAUGCUGCAGCAUCAGCUACUCGUGUCCGUUCUAGAAGUCUACCACGUGAGGGUGGUCGGCUUCUGGAUGAGGGUCAGGAUGACAGUGAUGAUGAUGAUGAUGAAGAUGAUGAUGAUGAUGAUGAUGAUGAUGAUGAUGAAGAAGAUGAAGAACUCUCUCCGUAUGAAGCUGAGGACUUCCUACCAGGUCCAGGACAGAGAAUUCUGAAGGAUGAGGAGGAGAGCACUGAUGACCAAGGCAUGUCAGAGCUCCAGUUUGGAAGCCUAAAGUGCAUGCAGCAUUCCGAGAGCCCUGACCACACAUGGAUUGAGAGAGGCCGAUCUAGACUACCACGCAAAGUUGAUAUGGGGAGCUGUGAGAUUUCCUCCAGCUCUGAUACUUUCAGCAGCCCCAUCCACUCUGCCUCCACUACAGGAGUGCUAGGCAAUCAGAUUGACCAUAAAGAGGAUCACCAGUCAUCAAGCGGCAACUGGAGUGGAAGCAGCUCCACUUGCCCAUCUCAGACGUCUGAAACUCUUCCGCCUGCUGCCUCUCCUCCCCUGACUGGAUCCUCACACUGUGAUUCAGAACUCUCCCUCAAUACUGGAUCCCAUGUCAUUGAUGACACCACUGGCUUCAUAAUUGACCCCUACCACAUUGACAAGCCACAAGGACAGGGGCGAUCCAAUUCUUUUACCUCAUCGGCUACUGAUCAGAUGGAUGAUGCAGGUGUCAGUACUGCUAGUGAUGGUGAGUGGAACUGCACCCAGGACCAGCAGGAUCAGUCCUGCCCCCAAGACUUCAGUCCAAAGCAUUCCAGAGAGGAUGAGAGUGGUGUCAGCUGCCCCAGUUAUUCAAGUGGGGAAACUUACGAGAGUUUCAGUGACCAAGCAUCCGCUAGGAAAUCUGAGAUGCACUACAUAGUUGACACUGAAGGAUUUUAUUCCUCCAUGCACUUUGACUGUGGUCUUAAGGGUACCAGAAGCUACUACGACUAUGCAGCCAUUGACCCUGACUGUGGACCAAGUGGAAAUAUAGCACCUGGCAUGAGUGAAUACACUCAGUCAGAGUAUAGAGCCACCAGGACACUGGGUAGACCAUGUCUCUCCUUAAAAAAACCAAAGGCCAAGCCACCCCCACCAAAACGUAGCUCUUCAUUAAAGGAAACAAGCAGUGGUGUGAACAUUCUAGAGCAGGAUGAACCAAAGAUUACUUGCGAGUUGCCGCUGCCCUUGUCUUCCAGUGAGAUGAAACUGCAGCUGGACUUGGCUGAUUCUGCAGGGCACCUUGACUCUGCAGGUCUUGAGUCACUUGGCGCAUGGGGAGUGGAGAAUGUCAGGGACAUGCUUGACUGCUCCUCUCCAUUCAGUUCCUCAGACACACAUUCGUUCAAGGAUGAAGGUGCUGUGCAAGCUGACUAUGCAGACCUCUGGCUCCACAAUGACUUGAAAUCAAAUGACCCUUACCGGUCUCUGCCCAACUCCAGCACUGCUAUGGGUACAACUGUUAUUGAAUGCAUCAAGUCAACAGAAUGUGCAGAAAUGCAAGCCUGUCAACACAGGUCCAGACCUACUUCUCCAACUCUUCCUCCAUCUGAAGGUGACUUAAAGCUGGCUUCCCCUGAAAAGUUGGUGAGCUUGGCAUCCCCUUCCAGUGGAUAUUCUAGUCAGUCAGAAACUCCUACAUCUUCCUUCCCCUCUGCUUUCUUCCCAGGGCCCCUGUCUCCAACUAGUGGCAAAAGGAAACCCAAAGUCCCUGAAAGGAAGUCCUCACUUUGUUCCCUACAACAGCCGCAGCUUUCAGUCCGAGACCUAGGCAUUUCCUCCAGGAGGGAAACUGACUUCCAUGCCAUACCCCCCAGUCACCUUGACCUAAGUGCUCUUCACAGCAAGUACUUUGCUCACAGAAAUCAGAUGCACAUCCUCCACCAGAAUAAGCAGAAAGCUGCCAUAGCUGCGGCUGCAGCUGCAGAAGCUCGUACUGCAGCCGCUGCUGCUGCCGCUGCUGCAGAGGCUCGCACUGCAACUUCUACUUCAGUGAGUGCAACAAGCACAGUACCCAGCUCAGCCCAUUUGGCCAUCACUCCAAUUGUUCUUAGAUCAGUCCAACUGCGAUCUAUUUGUAGAUUAGCUGAAGGGAACCAAGGGUAUGAACUGGUCAGUGCAAAUCUAGUAACUCGUCCCAAGUGUCCCACAGUAAUAACUGAUGCCCCAUCCUCUAGCAACAGGCACAACAGGAAACCACCAGCCUACAAACCCCCUGCGGCACAGCUCUGUGAGUCACAGGUACCAACAGUGGCAAAUGUUGCUCUUCCCCAGGAAGAAGUGAAAGUGAGACAGGAGAGGCUUGGUCCUGGUACUUACUGGGCAAUGACUGCUUUCAGAACUUCUGUAGAUCCUACUCCUGAAAAAGAAGACUCUUCAACAAGGUCAUCUCAGCAAGAACAAGACAUCAGAAAGUACCCAGGUGUGCAACUGACAUUGUCACCAGAGAGACUAAAACAAGAUCUAAAUCAGCUAUCACGGUCAGACCCCUCAGCACAGCCCAUGUGUUCAGCCAGCACAAUCCCACCCCCCGCUUACAGUGAAAUACAGAGGAGCAAUUUUGUACUGUGCAACAGCCCUGACAAAGUGCCUGUUUCAACUCAAGAGACAUCGCACACUUACACAAUCAGCGAUGUACAAGGCCGAGAAGAGGAUUAUGAGACAUCAGGUGUCGCAACCAGAAGUGCCUCACAUGACAUAGGGGAAGAAGGGUCGACCCCGGACACAGAGGACUAUUUCAGCAAGGAAUCAACUCCCAGUGACAAUUCAACAUCUUCUUUGACUGAUGACUCUAAAACUGAUGAUGAUAAUGUUUUCCCAUCCCCCAACAAACUACUCACAACUGAAGAUCUGUUUGCCAUGAUACACAGGUCUAAAAGGAAAUUGCUGGGACGUAAAGACUCGGGGGAGAUAAGUGGAAAAAGUCGGCCUGGAGUAGCACCUGCACCUGCUCCAGUCAGCAAUCCUUCUGUAUGCCCGGUCGCCCCUGCUGCCUCAGUCCCUUCAAACAGCUCUCAGCGAGCCUCAGGACCCAUCUACAGGAGUGCCAAAAAGUCCAGUACAUCCAGUGAGGAGUUCAAACUCCUGCUGCUAAAGAAGGGAAGUCGCUCAGACUCAAGUUACCGCAUGUCUGCUACGGAGAUCCUCAAGAGCCCCAUCACACCCAAGACUCAAGUAGAGCUGCUAUUAGAGACUGCAAGACAAGCAGAGGAGCCCCCCUUACCUCUCCAGGAGUCCACUAGCAGUGGAGAUCCACUUCCAAGUCAAUUCCCUAAGGCCAACAGCGAAGGAUUCUCCCCAAAAACACUUACCAUGUCAGCUGCCUCCAGACAAGGACGUUCUAGAAUUCCACCUGCGGCAAACAGCAGUCGCUAUAGCACGCGGAGUCGGCUGUACACUGCCCCAAUGCAGGCCAUAUCAGAGGGAGAGACUGAAAACUCAGAUGGAAGUCCACACGAUGAUCGCUCCUCUUAGUGGUAUAAUCAUUUUUUUAACCACUUAGCAAAAUGAUACAUCUUUUAUAAUACAAAAACAUUCUAUUUGAACUGUAUGAGAGUGGUGUAUACAUUAUGAUCUACCUUAGUUUUCUCCCCUUAUGUUUGUGAUUCAGAAAAAACUAAUUUUGAUUUCUUUAAGCUCCUUUUGUUUUACCAUUUAUCAUUGGGAGCUAUGAUUUUCAUCAUAAUAUCAUGUUUUUAUGUUCAGAAAAUAAGAAGGUGGAAUUAGUUCUUCAACAAAAUUUGGAAAGGUUACUUUUUAAUAUAGAAAAUUCUAUUUCCAUCAUCCAUCACAAAUUUACACGAAUAUGUGGAUGCUUCUCUAAAGACAAUCGCACCACGGCCAUUCUUAGCAGGGGUGUACAAUGGGAAAGAUUUCUGAGAAAAAAGAAAGCUAGAACUGUGAUGAACAUAGUUCUAUUAGACUGGUGGUUUGCAAAACCAUCAGUUCUUUUGGACUUAAUUUGGGUAUUUAUACCUUGAAAUAUACAACCUGGAUGUACUGUUAAAUAACAAGGCAAGCAGACAAUGUAAUCCAGUUUUAGUUUAGUGAAAUGUCAUGGAACGUACAGUAUGUGUGUUUCAGAAUCUUCAUGCUGUCUGAAUCUCAACCUGUCAAACAGCAUUCCAACAACUGUAACUAAUUGAAUCCUUUUUAAGCGUGUUUAGUUUACCUUUUCUUCAAAAACCCAAAUUGGGUUGUGUAUUUUUGUCACAAUUUUCAGGUGUCAUCAUGUAUAUUUACUUAACCAACCAACAUGGAAGAUUUUUGUGACUGCAGAAGAAAUGAGGACCUCAUUCUCAAUGUAUUCUGUGAAUACCCUUAAAAUCAAGCUUACUGUUCAUUUGAAGAAGAACUGAUUCACUUUUAAAGUGAAACUCUUCAGAGUUGGAGGUCUUCUAUGAGUUCAGAACUCAUAGGAAUUAGCUAGAUUUGUCAAGCCUACACUGUGCCACUGAAGGGAAGGUGACAUGCUGUGAAAAAGAUCGAUUUUUGGUCAUCCGUCUCUGAUGAACGCUCUUUCACUGUGGUCAUAAUUCAGUUUCUUCAUCCUUUGUACAGCAUGCAAUAAAACACCAGAACACGUGACAUCUCCACGUAAAAUGUAUUUCCACCUUCACUUGAAUUUGUUGAGUUUGUGUUUAGUUAAUGUACAAAAUGUGAAAUUUGCAGUUUUACAUCACUGUAUACAAAGUUUGAGCUUUUUCCUUAAGUGGAGAAACUGGACAAUCUAAUCUAAGGAAGCACUAUUUGUGUACAGAUGAGUUUUGAAAGAACACACUGAGGUUUAAAUAUGGUGCCAUUUUGUUAAAAUGUAAUGUCACUAUUGAUAUAUAUCUCAAUUUCUGGGAUAUACGUAAGAUGACUGCGAGAAAGCAGCAGUGGUUCAUUGCUCAUCUGUAUAUUUAUAGAUGACUGACACAAUAUUUCAGCCUUUAUUCUGAACUGUUAUUGAUUUGUCAUGUACUGUCAUGUCCAAGAGGUUUGAGAUUUGAGUUAUUUUUGUUUUAUACCGGUAGAGAAACCUUCCAGGAUAUUCUGAGACACUAACUGAACUAACAGAUAUUUUCUCAUAAAAUAGUAGCUGCAGUGUGCAAUGUCUUAUUUCUCCUUUAAUACAGCCCUGUCUAAUGGUUGUCGCAAUUAGCUUUGCUUUAUAACUACAGAAUUUUGGAAGUACAGACUACUUUUUUUCUCCUUUGUGUCCAUGUACUAGAACUAAAUCUAUGAAAUCUUCUUUUAGAUUGCAACAUUUAAUAGAAAAAAAAGUAUUUUUAAUUAUGGGAUAUUUUAUCCAGAGAAUUAUUUUGUUAAUAAAUUUGGAAAAUAAUAAUUAUAAAGCUUUAUUUAAAUAAAAUCAGAAGAACAUAUUUCAUAUCAGGGGUGUAUCAGCCAAUGAUGAAGAUACAGAACUUGUAAACAUUUCUUAAUUAGCUGUAAACUCGCAUUCUUAACAAAUAAGCUUAAACGACUGUAGUUAAAAAUGUUGGUGCUUUGAAUUCUAUACCCAGGCCAUAUUCUGUCGUUGUAGCCAUUAGGGGAAAAAUGUCAUUGAUAUCAUCAGUUUUCUUUUCAUACUGUACUUUUCUCUCUGUGCUUGUGAUGCAAUUGCAGUCAUGAAAACAACACUCGUGACAACUCAAAAAUUCAGAUAUGUAGCAAUGCUUGUGUCUUUUGUUUCUAUUUUAACAACAGUAGCCACAUUUGAAGUAUCAAGUCACUUGUACUGUAGUGAAGCUAACCAGUCAGUUUAGGCCUUUUUUGCAAAAGAUUAAAGAAAAAUAAUUAAGUGAAAACACAAAGUUAUCUAUAUCAUACUUAUUUUACCUCAAAUGCAGCUUUGGACUGUUUUAAACUGGCACAAGUUACUAUACAAAUUAUCAUAUCAACAAAGAAUUAAAGUAACAGGAAACAAAAAGACACUACAGAGUAGAGUUAUUGUAUUGGUUUUCUUUUGUCAUCAUAAUCCAUCUUAGACUAUUUAUCUGAUCUUUUGCCGAUUUUCUCUGCAUUAAUGGAGAAGCACAGUAUUUUUUAAUUUUAAUUUAUUUUAUUUUAUUAUUUAUUUUUUGCCAAAGGGUUUCAAAUGUGUAUUGGUGUGGGAAAAAAAUAAAGUAUAAUAAAUUAAUUGAAGAAAUAAAAAAUGUUAAAGUGAAAAUGUCUAAAGAUAAGAUGCAUCUCAUUCAGUUACAAUAAACAGGAAGUAAAUCACAUUCUGCAUACAUGCUUCAUUUCAAGAGAUAUAAAUCCAUUUUGUAUUUUUGUAUAAACAUGUACAUAUGAUCUUUUUCAAACGAAAAAGGAAAAGGCACUGUUUCAUUCAAAGUUUACAUUAAUUCCAAGCCUUUGUAUAUUUUUGAGCUGUGCGACUCUCUCAGUCCUUUAUUUAUUUUUUAGUAAACAUUGUGGGAAUUUCAUUGUAAAAUUGAACCAUUUCUUGCCAGCUCAAGUGACUGCUUAGUAACUGUGCAUAGAGAAAGCCAAUAAAUGUGACUGCAUUGAAAAAUAA